AUGGGAGACGGCAAAAGUGAUAUCGUGUUACACCAAGAUGGCAGACCUACUUCUGUCAAAUUUCCGAUGCUAACUUCAUCGAACUAUACUGUCUGGGCCAUGCGAAUGAAGAUAGCACUGAAAGUCAGCGAAGUAUGGGAAACAAUAGACCCCGGAACCAAAGACGAGAAGAAAAACAAUAUGGCUAUUGCAUUCUUAUUACAAUCUAUACCAGAAACUUUGGUCUUACAGGUUGGCGACAUUGAUACAGCAAAGGCGGUCUGGGAAGCAAUAAAAGCGAGACAUGUCGGAGCUGAGCAGGUGAAAGAAGCAAGGUUACAAACCUUGAUGGCUGAGUUCGAUAGAAUCAAGAUGAAAGAUGGAGACACGAUUGAUAUAUUCUCUGGAAAACUAUCUGAAAUAGCUUCUAAAUCUGCCUCCUUAGGAGAAACAAUUGAAGAACCAAAGUUUGUGAAUUUUUUUUUAAAGAGCUUGCCAAGAAAGAAGUACAUUCAUAUGGUUGCUUCACUUGAGCAAGUUCUAGACCUUAAGACCACAAGCUAUGAAGAUAUAGUCGGUCGUUUAAAGGCGUAUGAAGAAAGAAUAACUGAAGAAGAUGAAGAGGAUGUCAAUGAUGAAACAGGGAAGCUAAUGUACGACAAUGCAGGUUCAAAUCACGAAGGCUAUGAUAAGAUGUUAAAGCUUCAAGAGACCGCCGAAGGGAAUGAAAAGAAAGACGAAGAUACUCAAGAAGCUGAUGAGUUGAUGAUGAACGAGGUCGUUUACUUGAAUGAGGAGAAUGUAAACCCUAAAAUCUUUGACACGGAAUCAGAUACUAAAGAUGUGUGGUAUCUAGAUAAUGGCGCCAGCAACCAUAUGAGUGGAAACCGUAUGUUCUUCUUCGAGCUUGACACUACCGUUACUGGGAAAGUACAUUUUGGAGAUGACUCACGAAUCGAUAUAAUGGGGAAAGGCUCAAUUCGGUUCAUUAUCAAUGGUUGA